AUGGUAUCCAUUCUCUAUCCUUUCUUGCUCGUAUACACGUCGGUCCAAUUUGUGCUUGUGAGGCCAGUCACGACGGUGGCCCAGAUACUUUUCUACGGCAUUGUGCAGGUUCCAGCUGGGAUUUUUCAGUGGGUAUUUGGAGUCGACAUCACUCGGCUCGAUCUUGUGAAGCUGCGCUAUGUGCUCGACAUUGUCAGAAUUCUGUACCAGUUUCUGAGUGUUGCAAUUUUAUUUGGCUUGUUUGUGGGCACAGUCAACGGUCUGGCCUUGUGUUUGGUGCGCUACUUAUUGACCUUUAGACAGCCUGCUAUCAGGCUCUUUGGCUCGUCAAAACCAGUUAUCAAGCAAGAAGAAGAGGAAUUCAAGCCAUUGUUAAAGUCCGAGUGGGGUCUGGAACCAAUCAAGACCGAAGAUAUUAAUCCGUUGUCCGAACCAACCUCGUCUGCGCAGCUCUUUGAUCAUUCCCAACAUCAGAUACGCGAGCGCCAUCUUUCUGCAUACUACGACGACGAUGACGGGUACGGCACCGUCAGAGGAGAAUCAUCACCGAAACCUACACACCAAUCGAGAAUUUCAUCGCGAUUUUCAUCGCUUCGAAGCGAUUCGUUAUUCAACACAUCGCAUCAUCACUCGGAGUCGGCAACCGAUACAACCGUUGAUGCUGACCGGUCAGAACUAAACAUAAUCAAAGAAGAGGACCUGUCAUAG